ACGAGGUGACGCCAGGGGAGCCUCUCGAAUUGUGUGUCUCGUUUUGUUUUAAGCUGCGUUGGUUUGUGGUGCGGCUUCUUUCCCUCUCUGGUGGAGAUGGGAGACUGUACGCAGGAUGUGAACGCGAACCCGCUGCAAGGGGAUACCCACCGUGAUGGAGACCAGGAGCUGGAGCGGGCUCUCUGCCAGUGGCUGCUGUGGGACCAGAAUCCGAAGACUAAAGCUGAGAUUGAGAAAAUGCUACGAGAUGGGAAGAAGAAAGAAUUGCGUGAUCGUCUGUGCUGCAGAAUGACAUUUGGGACUGCGGGGCUGCGGUCUUCCAUGGGUGCUGGUUUCUCCUGCAUUAACGACCUGACAAUCAUACAAUCCACCCAGGGUUUGCUUAAGUACCUUGAGAAGUGCUUCUCAGACCUGAAACACAGAGGUGUUGUGAUUGGAUAUGAUACUCGAGGUCAAGAGACUACGAGCUGUAGUAGCAAGAGACUUGCCCAGUUGACCGCUGCUGUCUUCCUUGGAAAGAAUAUACCUGUGUAUCUGUUUUCUACCUAUGUGCCAACACCAUUUGUGCCAUAUGCUGUUAAGCAGCUUCAUGUUACAGCUGGUGUGAUGAUUACUGCGUCACAUAAUCCUAAACAAGACAAUGGAUACAAGGUUUACUGGGAAAAUGGAGCUCAAAUUGGCUCUCCUCAUGAUAAGAGAAUCUUAGAGCAUAUUGAAGAAAGUUUGGAACCCUGGCAGGAAUCAUGGAAUGUGAAUUUGCCUGAUAUUAGUCCUUUACGGCAUGACCCUCUGGAUGAAGUCUGUACACUAUACGUAGAGGAUCUGAAAAAGCUGUGCUUCUACAGAGAACUUAACAGAAAGACACCGCUCAAGUUUGUGCACACAUCCUUUCAUGGUGUUGGGCACGAGUAUGUGAAAUCCGCUUUCGAGGCAUUUGGUUUUACUCCACCCAUUCCAGUUCCAGAACAGAAGGAUCCAGAUCCGGAGUUUUCAACUGUCAAAUGCCCCAAUCCAGAGGAGGGAGAAUGUGUGUUGAUUCUUGCAAUCAAGCUGGCUGAGAGUGAAGCUGCUCGAAUUGUGUUGGCCACAGACCCCGAUGCAGACAGACUUGCUGUUGCAGAACAACAAGAAGAUGAAAGUUGGAAGGUGUUUUCUGGAAAUGAGCUUGGAGCUCUCCUUGGAUGGUGGAUGUUUAAAUGUUGGAAAGACAGACAUCCAGAUCCGGCUGAUGUGAAGGAUGUGUAUAUGCUGGCAACCACAGUCUCAUCUAAAAUCCUCCAGGCAAUCGCAAUUCACGAAGGCUUUCACUUUGAGGAAACCUUGCCAGGGUUUAAGUGGAUUGGAAAUCGAAUUGAUGCACUCUUGCAAAAUGGAAAAGAAGUGCUUUUUGCCUUUGAAGAAUCCAUUGGGUUUCUGUGUGGUACACUGGUGCUUGAUAAGGAUGGGGUGAGUGCUGCUGUCGUCGUGGCAGAACUAGCAACAUACCUGGAAACCAGAAAACUCACCAUAACUGAUCAACUGAAUAACAUUUACAGAACAUAUGGUUAUCAUCUCUCCAAGACUUCCUACUUUAAAUGCUAUGAACCGACUACAAUUAAGAGAAUAUUUGAUCGACUUCGAAACUAUGAAAAAGACAAUCAAUAUCCAGAUCACUGCGGGCCAUUUGAAAUUUUGUCUGUGAGAGAUGUAACUACUGGAUAUGACAAUAGUCAGCCGAACAACAAGUCAGUGCUGCCCAUAAGUAGAAGCAGCCAAAUGAUCACCUUCAGCUUUGUGAAUGGCUGUGUGGCCACUCUGAGGGCCAGUGGCACUGAGCCAAAGAUCAAAUACUACGCUGAGUUCUGUGCACCACCAGGCCAGAGUGGCACAGCUUACCUGGCUGAAGAGCUCAACAAACUGAUCGAUGCAAUGAUCAAGAACUUCCUCGAGCCAGAGAAGAAUGGUCUGAUAGCUCGUCUAUAAACUAAUUCGGCACUAACAAGUGAAUGUGCGUGUGUCUGGAGUUGGAGUAAAAAAGCACAGAGCAAAUGUCACCUGUUUACACUAAAGAGCUGGAAGUGAGGAUAUUGUGGGUGAUACAGAACUGACCUGCUAAGUGUGUGACAAAUCUAUAUUUUGGAGACUCUAAGGCCCUUCAAUGUUCCUGGAAGGCAGCUAUCUUCGACUUGGAGAAGCUGCCUGUUUCGUUGACCAGGAAGCUUUUUGUCAUUUUACAUCUCUGCUUUCUGCUUCUUGGUGCUGUGUUCAUUCAUUGGCUGCAGCUUCUCCUGUUUAAUAGAAACUUGGUCACAAAGUCAUUCACCCUCACUAAAUGGCCUGAGAUUAGGUUAAUGCAGUCAGUAUUUUGCAUUAUAGAUGCUCUAUUUGCAAAUUCAAGACACAGCCCCAGUACAGCACAGCUUGGGAGGUCUGUAAAUGUGCAGACAAACUGGCUAGCAUUAUGAAGUGAUGAAAGUCAGUCCAUGAUGUGACACUCUGUAUAAAGGGACAGAAAUCCAUUUUAGUUUGGAACCUUCCAUUAAUCCCCUUCCUUUUUGCUUAUUAUUAAUUUGAUUUUUUUUGUUAAUUUGCACAAACAUUUUACCUUGUGAACUGGAACCUAUUGGUAUAUUUGUAUUUGAAAAGUUUACUGUCCUUUCAGUUGCCUUUCUUAGUAAGAUUUUUUUUGUGUCGCUGCUACACAUGCCAGACACCGCGAAAGUGACUAGCCAGAAGCAUUGACUUGUGAUCCAACUCAGUGACCCCCACUGCCUCUCGUGAGGAACUGGGUAGCCUGUACUAAUUGUUCCCCUGGUGCAGAGCUUUGCUGUCUUUUUACCUUGAGCUGUGCUUCCAUUAUUUACAAAUUUCACAGCCAACUGGCAGCCCCCUGGUGAGGACAGACACCUGCCAGCCCUUUGGCUUGUUAAGACUCAGAUUGGCACUCUCCAUCUUGUGGACGUGGUCUUUUGUAUGGUCCAGGAUUGUGCAUUGGACUUCAUCCAAUCAGUCUUCAAUAUCACAAUUCCUGCCUGGUCACCCUGACACCAGGUGGAUGGUUGCAGUAUAUGGUCAUGUGAACAGCACCGGUGAUUCUGGGAACUGGUGUUUCUAGACUGCUCCUUUUAGUACGUAUUUGCUGCUGUGAAAUUUUAUGCAAGUGCAUGUGCUCACAAAUUGGGUGGAAGCUGGUGUCUUUGUGUGUGUGUGUCAUAAGACCUUAGUGUGUUUGAAUCUGCAGUUUUUUGAGCCCUAACUAACUGCUGCUGAGAGUGUUCGGGUGGAGAGUGGGUGAGAUUCUUGUCUCUCGUUCUGUUCCUACCCGUGUCUACUUGUGCAUUUUAGGCAGAAGUCUUAACCAAAGGCUUAAAAGAACAUAUUUAGAAUAUUUAUUUUAUUUAAUUAUUUGCAGAGAUGUGCAUUGAAUGAACUACAAGUCUUAUUUUGCAUUUUGAAUGUUUAUUUUACACUCUGCGAAAAGGAUAUUUCAUUCUUCCAAGUGUUGACUAUAGUCACUUUUUAAUUAUAAUGUUAAUUGUAUUCAUAGUCAUAGUACUGCUCUGUUGUAGGCCAAAACCGACACAUGACUGAAACAUACAGCCCUGAAGAUCCAAGUUUGUUUCCUACUCUGCAGCAAGAGCUGAACCCAAGCAGGUUAUCCAUAAAGGUGAUCUCCCUCCCUGUGUUAGGGAGAGUCAGAUUAUUCAGGCGAUCCUGUGAUUCCUAACAAACCUUGUUUGCAAAUCUCAAGUAGAAUCCAGAUCCCUCUGCUCUGCUGUGGCCACUCCAAGGUGGGAAUGUCAGGAGAGGGUGAAGUAUCAGUAUGUGCAUGGUACCAGUGAGUUUGGCCAGAGCAUGAACCAGCAAUUUUGGGGAGAGAAGCAAAUUGGGGAAAGGAAGGGCUGACAUGGGCAUCAUGAGCCAAAUGGUCUCCUCCUAUGCAGUAUGAUUCUGUGAAAAAGGAUAGUGGUAAAAGAAACCUAACCAGAGUCUUGCCCAGCCCUUGAAUUCAAAUUGUGCCCGUCUUGAAGUGAAUAUUUGCAAUCAGCUAUAAAGCAUAAGUACUUGUUUUUUCUCUUUAAUUCCAAUUGCAAACUUUAUUCUCUGAAAGAAAUCGGGAAUGUUAUUUGCUUGUUGUUAAACCUACAACCUCUUCUUUUGCACUGUUUCCAGAGAAAAUAUGAACAAGUGACUGUUUCCAAAUGCUGUAGUAAAGUUUUGUGUGAGGACAAAUGGGGUAAGCUGCCACUCAAACCAUACAGCAUUUUGUAAGUGACUUUAAAAAUGAAUUUUCAAAAGUUUUUUCAAAAUUUUUAAGGGAGGGAGAGAAGUAGAUUUGCUUUCAGUAUUUGAAUAGUUUUGAAUUAUAAGGAUGGUUUUGCACUUUGUGACAAUGUUUGCUAACUUUUCUGUUCUCUAGUGAGGAUAGUGUUCCAUGUUCCUAUCUUCUUUAUUUAUAAAAACUGCUGGACAUUAAUUCACUGGAGUGGAAGGUUGUUGGCAAGGACUUGGUUAUGAACUUGUAUAUGCAAAUAUUUCAGUCUUUCUCUGAAAUGUCCAUUUCCUGUUUACCCUAGUGGUUGAGAGUACCAUUUUUGUACCAUUGUUUGGAAUGUGAACAUCUCUUUGGUCCCUACAUUUGAGUCUGUCCAAUAAAUGUAGAAGUGCAGGGGAAUCCUUGUUUGGAAUUAAUUAGCCAGUCUCUUUCAGAGCACCAAGGAUCAGAAAAUGCUGAUUGGGGACUGGAAUUGCUGGGGUGCUUUUACUCAACUCUGGAGCCGCCUCAAACACCUUCUGUCCAUGUGGUUCAAACUCUUAGUGUCCUGACCUUGAUGCAGGUUCUGUGGGCAUUCAGAGCUGCUAUUAGGUGUGCUAACUCCUGAUAGUUUGUUAAAGGAGGAGUCUGCCCUAGCCAAAGCAGACUGAUGCUAACCACUAGCUCAGGUUCUGAUGUCCAUGUGAAGAGGUGAGGAAGACCUAUACAGAGCCUACUGAGGAAGCCCCUAGCUGCUGCAUUGCCUAGGACCCUUUCUGCUCCACAUGUUUAGUGAACAGAAAGUCCACACUAUCUUUAAACAGAUUUGGAUCCCAAGAGUACAAUUCUAUCUGUCUACACUGUUGCUUGGAUUGAUGACAAAUUUAAAAUGCUUAACCUGUGCCCUCUCAGUUCUGUUUGCAAAAGCUGAAACAUUUGUCUCAUUGUGUUUGUUACCAACUAUAAUAGUGAUAUUACCUCACUGUGUGUACAGUCUGGGGAAUUCUACACACAUUCUAUAUUUUGAUUUAAAUACAUACAGUCCAACGGUAUGGUAUUAUCCCUGCUUUCCAAAGUAUUAAAGUUUGAAGAAGGGCUGCUCAGGCUCUUGGGGUAAAUGGUAGAUUUCAGUGGUCCUGUGUCUUAACUUCCAAAGUGUUUUCAAUUGUUCACAUUUGACCUUGUGGCUGAAUGUUGAGUACACUCUGAAAUUGAGGAAGCAUUCACAUUAUGGCUGGACUAAGGUAAAUGAUAGCUACAGAAUAUCAAUAAGUGCAGCAGUUUGUUCUACAGAUGUACAGUUCAGCUGCUGCUCUUUCUGUAAUCUAUAAUCUCCACCAGCCAAAAUAUUUGAUUUACAUAGUCCUCUGUUUUCAUUCAACCUUAUGCUGCUUAUCCCAGCACUUCAUUGGGGUUCAGAUUCAAAUCCAAGCUCUGAAUGUGGAUAUUCCAAACUGAUCCCAAUCAGUUGUCUACUUGCUGAAAUGGCCAUUCUCACCCCAUGGACAGGAGCAGGCAUUCAAUAAGAACUUGCACUUCUCAUGUUCUGUAUUGGUUGUAUAUUUAUUUAUGGAUGUCAUUUAUGAAUUAAAAUCUAUAAAGAACAAA